AUGCCGACGCUCCACACUGCUUGUCGUGACAAUUUUGGGGACAGCCAGAACAAACCCCUCAGGGUGUUUCUGCUCCAGCAAGCAGCAGCCUGCCCUUUCCAGUUCCGAACAGCCUCGGUCCUCUCAGGUUCCCUCGAGCUGCCUCUCAGAAGCCACCGCACCUUCCAGCCCGCCGGCGGCUGCCCCGGCCCGCUGUCCUCCUGGAACCACCAGCAGAUCCGCACAAAAGCGCGGGGGAACGAGUAUCAGCCGAACAACCGCAAGCGCAAACGGACCCACGAUGAGGACUGUCGUCUUCCUAGGAAGCUGAGCACCCUGGGUGACACAGGAAAAGUAGAUGCAUCUUAUCUCUCACUCACUUCCGAAAUCGUAGAAGGAACCAGUGUUGUCUUCUGA